GUGGACCGUUCCCAAAGAUUACGGACAGUUCUAAAUUUUUCAAAACAGUUCCAAAUAGCUUUGGACGAUUUCAAUCAACUUUGGACUGCUCCAAAUGUCUUUGGACUGUUGUGGGCAGUUCUAAACCAUUCUGAACAGUUCCAAACGACUUUCAGACAACUGUGGACAGUUCUAAACAGAUCUAGACAUUUUCGAUAAGUUCUGGACAGUUCUAAAUCGUUCAGAACAGUUCCAAACGGCUUUGAACAUUCCAGAAUCCUCUGGACAGUUUAAACGUACAUAAAAAUACAUAAUUCUGUUAAUGAAGGUAUAUUAUGUUAAUUAACAUGUGUUAUUUCGGUUAUCACUGUUGGUAUCAUAAUUGGAGAGAUAUAAAUAGAAUUAAGUGGAAUGAAAAUAAUUAUAUAGAAUUAAAAUAACUAACAUUAUCGGCUGAGUACAGACCUGUUACAUUUAUGAUUCAUAAAAUAAAUGCGUAUAAAUAUAAACGAGGGAGCAUUAUUGCAUUUAACAGAACAAAAAUCAACCGAAUCAAACAUGAAACAAAUUGUUAUUUUUGCCGCUUUGUGUUUUAUUAUUGGAACUGUUUGGUCAAAACCAGUGGAACAUGACCAACAUCCUUUCCCCAACACGUUGAACCAAUGCAAAAAAGAAUUAAACCUGGACCAUCCAGAGGGAACUGAAGGCAGCAACGGACCUCUUAUGUUUUGCCUUUUCAACAAAUUGGGCAUAAUCGAUGGCAAUGGGAAAAUUAAUAAAGACACCAUGAGGGAAAUUAUCUUGGAUAUGAAUGUACCGGAAUCCACGGCCAACGAAAUUGUGAAAAGAUGCACACUGGAAAAAAGCGAUGAAGAAAACGUCGAAGAACAAUCCGUUGAAUUAUUUAAGUGUAUCCACCGUGAUGUCAAAUUAUAAGUAUAGACUUUGUAAAGUUAACUUUUGAGUACAACGUAUCAUAUACCCAGUAGCUUUCAAUAAAAAUAUUAUUAUGUUUAUGUUAUUAACAAUAACUUUUUUUGAUUGUUGCUCAACUAAAGUUGUAAGAGCUUGUUCAUUGUGAUUUUUAAUAUAGUAUUUUCUUCCCA